GAGGGGUGAGCGGCACUCGAGGGAGAGUGCUAGAUCCUCCUGAGCGCCUGGGGAAAGAAGCUUGGACUCUGCUGGGAGAGUGACAGCGCACUCCAGUGUCCCCGUGGGUGGGGUGAGGGGAGAGACAGUCCCCUUUCGCGGGUCCAGCGUGGGUUUCACUGGAAAAGUUCAAGAGAAGACACGGGACGGACGUGCAGCUUGUAAAUCUGUCCUGUGUCGGGUCUGGCGCAGGACUCGUGCGGAAGCGAAGUUAGAGUCAAAGCUGGGGGGACAGGCUUCCCGAGGACAUUUGGACUAAGUCCAGAAAAGCCUUUCCAUGCAAGGCCCUCUUGUUCUAAUACCCCUCUUACGUCACACCUGGCCAGCCUUCCGCUGGCCCACUGAAGCCAACAGGUGAGGUUACCUGACGGAGACUUCUGUCACCUUUCCCGGGUUCUCUGCCCUGCUCCUAGUGCUGUGACCUCCGUGAAAACUGUCCGUGCUCCCCAGGACCCCCCUGUGCCCCGCCCUGGUCUCCCAACAACAGUGUUGGACCAGAGAGCUGGCUCCCUGGGUAAGGUGCACGCCUUGCCAGGCACUGAGCCCAAUUUGGAGGGGCCGCAGCUCAGGGGGACGCUGUCACCCCCCACCGAGAAUGGGAGCUCGCUCCAUCAAAUAAGCCAGUGCGAUCUGUCGUAUUGCCACCACCAACUGCGUGCCGUUUACAGAGAGCAAACAGAUGAAGCGGCCUGGGAGGUGGCUCGGCCUCUCAGAGCACCACCAGCUUGGCUGCAUGAGGCCCUGAGGUUGUGGGUUCAACGCCCGGCACCACCUUCUGCCCAAGCUGAGCAGUGCUCUGGCCCCUCUGCCCAUCGCACACUCUCAAAACCAGUUAACAGCUCUUCAAAAGAUAAGAACCUGGAAAAGGAGUAGGCUCCUGGAGAUGGGAGAGCAGUUGGGCUUGAAACCGUGCCGUGGACUUGGGGACGGGGUGAAACGAGGUCCCCUCAGCUCAGGGAGCAGCUGCCGGUAGACAGUGGAGACUAGAUGCUGAGGGCUGCCCGUGGUGCACGAGAGCAGGUGCAUCUCAGGGUCCCCACAGGGCCCCACUCAGCAGACUGUCUGGACAGCGGACAGCUCUGGCCACGGUAGCAGCUGUGCGUGGUCAGCUCCAGCUCACGCUGCCGGACACGAGAUGCACAGGGAGCGGUGUGUGGGCCUGGGCCUCCCCACCGCUAGCUGCUGGCCACUGUGGCCUUGGGGGUCUGAGGGGGCUCUCUGCCCUGACACUGUGCCCUGCAACCCACAGUAUUUCAUCAACAAGACGGAGAUCCAGGACUUCCCCCGCUUCCCUCACCGGGGCCUCCUGCUCGACACCUCUCGCCACUUCCUGCCUGUGUCCACCAUCCUGGACACACUGGACACCAUGGCCUACAACAAGCUCAACGUGCUACACUGGCAUGUGGUGGACGACCCCUCCUUCCCUUACGAGAGCCUCACCUUUCCGCAGCUCACCAGGAAGGGCGCCUACAACCCCAUCACGCACGUCUACACCACGCAGGACGUGAAGGACGUGAUCGAGUACGCACGGCUCCGUGGCAUCCGUGUGCUGGCUGAGUUCGACACCCCGGGCCAUACCCAGUCCUGGGGGCCAGGUGUCCCCGGAUUGCUGACCAGCUGCUACUCGGGGUCACAGCCCUCGGGGACCUUUGGGCCAGUGAAUCCCAUCCUCAACAGCACCUAUGAGUUCAUGGACACUUUCUUCCUGGAGGUCAGCGCAGCCUUCCCGGACUUCUACCUCCACCUGGGUGGUGACGAGGUGGACUUCACCUGCUGGAAGUCGAACCCCGACAUCCAGGCCUUCAUGAAGAAGACCGGCUUCGGAGAUGACUUCAGGCGGCUGGAGUCCUUCUACAUCCAGGAGCUGCUGGACAUUGUGUCCACCUACGACAAGGGCUAUGUGGUCUGGCAGGAGGUGUUUGACAACAAAGUCAAGAUCCAGCCAGACACCAUCGUGCAGGUGUGGCGGGAGGAGGUGCCGGUGCCUUACCUGAAGGAGCUGGAGCUGAUCACGGCUGCCGGCCUCCGAGCCCUGCUCUCCGCACCCUGGUACCUCAACCGCAUCAGCUACGGCCCCGAUUGGCAGGCCGCCUACAAGGUGGAGCCGCUGGCCUUCGAAGGCACCGCUGAGCAGAAGGCCCUGGUGAUCGGUGGAGAGGCCUGCAUGUGGGGCGAGUACGUGGACAGCACCAACCUGGUCCCCCGGCUGUGGCCCAGGGCCAGUGCCGUGGCCGAGCGGCUGUGGAGUGCCAGCCAGGUGGCAGACCUGGAUUUCGCAUCCUCUCGUCUGGCUAGAUUCCGCUGUGAGCUGCUGAGGCGGGGUGUCCAGGCGGAGCCCAUUGGUGUCGGCUACUGCAACGAGGAGUUUGACCACUGGUGACAGGAGCCGCAGGCACAGGAGAGGGAGGUGGCCUGGAGCCUGGGGGUGGCCUGGCCCCCAAGUAGCAGCCAGCCCCGCCGGUCGGGGACAGAACCCCUGUGCCAGGGGAAAAGGCCGGUGGGAGCCGGCGCCCAAUAAAGAGUGACGUGGCGUUUCCUCCGGUGA